AUGUUUGGUCAUUUGGACAAAAAAUUUGAUAAUAUGGUCCUACUUCACGCUGAUGAGACUUUCAAUAAAUUUACAAAUAUCUUCAAGUAUAUAAGUAGGGAAAGCGACACGAAGGGGGGGGAAAUAGGCUCACCCACGAAAUGUGGCGAGCUCUUCAUCGAAAAGGGGCACCGGAGGGAGAAGCCGGGGAAGGCAGAGAAGGCGGAAAAGGCGGAGAGAGCGAAGAAGCCCACCUCUGAUAACCUGCCAUGGGAGAGCAACCUCCUCUGCAACGGCCGCUUAUGCGACCGCUUAUCCAACGACCGCCUAUGCGACCGCCUAUCCAACCGCCUCUGCAGCAACCCGCACACAGAUAAAGACGGCGCGCUGGGCCCCACAAAACGUGCAGCCUCCGUAAUUAUAAAUAACGAUGAUUUAUACGAAGAGUUGAAUAUCGCCCACGGGGGAGACAUCCCCAAUUACGAUUGUAUACACAUGGAGAGAAAAAAUAUUUUCAACAUUUUUGGAAAUUCGAUAUAUUCAAAUAUAUACAACAUAAGCAACUACAUGAAAUGCAAUCACAACUACAUCCACUCAUUAAUGAUCCAGAAAUGUAGCGAUAAAAUUAAUUACAUCAAAUAUUUUUUUUUCUUCAUUCCCUACGUAAUUAAUUUGUGUGUAAAUUUACUUAUAAAUUUUUAUAUCCUUUUCUCCGUGUAUUAUUACAACAAUGCCGUUCCUUUGGUCCCACCUUACGAGCUAGCCAAAAUGCACAUUUUAAAUUUGAGAAAUUAUAAAGGGAUAUACUACAUCCUGUUCAUAUUUUUGUUCAAUUUUUUUUUUUUCUUGUAUGCUCUCUUCCUUUCCAAAUUAAAUAUCAUUCAUGUCUUCCUUAAUCAGAUUUACAAAAAUUGCAAAUACGAGUCCAUUUACUACUGUGAGCAUGUCAUGAAUGAGAUUUACGAAAAUUGUAUUUUUUCUCACAUUGUACAGAUGGUACUGAACAGAAAGG